GUUGUUGGCGUUCUAACAGCACGUGGCGGCGUCUCGGCUGUCUGCUUUGCACGUGGGAAAUAAAUGGGCCUUUCCAGUCCAACUUUAACUUAGCAUCUUGAUAGUUACUUUUCGUUUUCAUCCUUCUUUAUAAACCCUGGCGAGUUUGCGACAAAUGUUAGAUCUGGUUGUCUUAUUAUUCACUAGGGGCAUUGGGUCUGGGUCUGCAGAUCGCUCCGCCUUUUGCUCGUCCUUCUCAGAUUCACUGUUUCCCAGUGACUCACAACUUUGUGUCGAGAAAAAUGGCGGCUAUGGCACGGCUUCACUUUUCGGCAAAACCCAAGGAGAGCAGCGUGCCACUGCCGAGAGUAAACCGCCGGGAAAGCUAUCUGACGGUUUCUGUGUCGCUCCCUCGAAGUGGAUCUGCAUGUUCACUCCACACCAACCUCUCCAGCCCUUCUUCUCCAUCAAGCUUCCAGCUUUCAUGCGCCGGAGGUGGUGGAAAUGGGGGUUUCCCGGGAAAUGGCGGUGGAAACGGCGGGGACAGUGGAAGAUGGGACAACCAUGGAGAUUCUGGAGGGUCUUCAUGGGGGCUGUUCGGCUUCUUCAUCGAAGGGUGGCGAUCACGAGUGCCUGCCGAUCCUCAGUUCCCUUUCAAGGUUCUAAUGGAGGAGCUGGUGGGCGUUAGUGCUUGUGUCCUCGGUGAUAUGGCAUCUCGCCCGAACUUUGGCCUCAACGAGCUGGACUUUGUGUUCUCAACCCUCGUCGUGGGCUCCAUUAUGAACUUUACCCUGAUGUACCUUUUGGCUCCAACGGCGUCGGUAUCCGCAGCCUCCCAAGCGCUGCCUGGAAUCUUUGCAAGCUGCCCCACCAGCCACAUGUUUGAACCGGGCAAUUUCAGCCUUGUCAACCGCUUUGGCACCUUGGUUUACAAAGGGGUGGUGUUUGCAGCGGUGGGGAUGGCUGCUGGUCUGGUUGGGACUGCCCUCUCAAAUGGGUUGAUCAUGAUGAGGAAGAAAAUGGACCCCAACUUUGAGACGCCUAACAAGGCACCCCCGCCGCUGCUGAACGCCAUGACGUGGGCCGUUCACAUGGGCGCCAGCAGCAACCUGAGGUACCAGACUUUGAACGGAGUUGAGUUUGUGCUGGCGAAGGGUCUACCGCCUGUGGUGUUCAAGACGUCUGUGGUGGUUCUAAGGUGUUUGAACAAUGUUCUUGGAGGCAUGUCUUUUGUUGUUUUGGCCAGGUUGACAGGAUCCCAGGCCGUGGAGGAGAAGAGCAAGGUUACUCAGAUGGCUGAGAAGGAGAGAUUGCUCGAGGGGAGCCAGCACAAUUGAUCCCAAUUGUUAUCCACUCCUCUGGCUCCCUGUGUCAGUCUUUAAUCUAUGUUUUCCUUGUUCAUACCUAUCCUGAGACUGGUUUUGCAUCUGAUGUGUGAUCGAGAGCUUUCAGUUCAAUAAUACAUACAUGAACAAAGGCACUGCCCUGUCAUUGCUCC